UCUCGUAAGUCUUAAAUUUUAUUCCUUCUUUCUUUCACCGUCCCGAUAUUCUUCUUCUACCUUAUUCUCCCCGAUGACUUCUUAAAUUUAUAUUUCUGCCUCGUUAAUCUUAAAUAUCUUUCACAAGCAGACCCUUCUGUCCUCUCCUCUCCUUUUCACCUCAGGCACGAAAAGGGCUCUGCUUUGCAGAUCUAAUUCAACUUCUACGAUCUGUUCAUCAACUGAUGCUCUGAAAGAAUCUCCAUUAUACUAUCUCCCACUUAGCUAUAAAGAAGAUGGGAAUUUUGUUUUCCAAAAUGUUCUCUUCAGUAUUUGGCAACAAAGAGGCUCGGAUCCUUGUUCUUGGUCUUGAUAAUGCUGGCAAAACUACAAUCCUCUAUCGGCUUCAGAUGGGCGAAGUUGUAUCCACCAUUCCAACAAUUGGAUUUAAUGUGGAAACAGUUCAGUACAACAAUAUCAAAUUUCAAGUAUGGGAUCUUGGUGGGCAGACAAGCAUCAGACCAUAUUGGAGAUGUUAUUUUCCCAACACACAGGCCAUUAUUUAUGUUGUCGAUUCAAGUGACGUUGAUAGGCUCGUGAUAGCUAAAGAUGAGUUUCAUGCAAUCCUGGAGGAGGAAGAGUUAAGAGGUGCUAUUGUUCUUAUUUUUGCGAACAAGCAGGAUCUUCCUGGUGCACUUGAUGAUGCGGCAGUGACUGAGGCUUUGGAGUUGCACAAGAUCAAGAAUCGACAAUGGGCAAUUUUUAAAACGUCUGCCAUUAAAGGAGAAGGUCUUUUUGAAGGUUUGGACUGGUUGAGUAAUACACUGAAGUCUGGGGGUGGCUAACUCUUUUGGAGAAAAAUGGGAAGCUUGUGAUUGUUUCUCUGAGCCAGAAUUUAUAAAGAUGACCAUGGUUAGUUGGUAUGGCUGGUAAUAGAAAUUCAUUCGUGGUCGCGUUGAUGUCAUUUGACCUUCACUGAUUUUUCUAACUGAUAUACUUGUAAAAUUUUUGUCAAAGAAGAACCACUUAGCUCUUUUGUUGUUAUGUUACUUUCCAUUUCUUUGCCAUUGUUCGCUUUCCCACCAUGCACUGCAUUGUUUGAAAAUGAUAGCGAUGUCUUGAUUUUAUUAA